CAACAACUGUUCUUUUGCUUUAUUUUUCCUACCGUUGACUGUAUUGAGCACAAUCUCUUCUUCAUCUUCUAAAACUAUCCACUGCUUUUUAACUUUAUCUUCCAAAUUCUAUUGUUUUAUUUAAAUUUACUUUCACUUUCGACACACAACACCAAGAUAAAUAGGCAGCCAUAUAGGUUUUCGUUUUACAAAACAUUUAGCAAAUCAUUCAGAAAGAAAAAAAACACAAAUUUAACAUGAGUGAGCUUCUCUACUCUUUACCCACUUGGGAUCUACAUAACCUUGGAUCACUCUUCAAGCCUGACUUCAAUCCUGAUGCAUGUGGAUACAUAAAUGGAUCGCCGCAACAUAUUUACAAAUCACCGGAGAUGGAUUAUUCCGACGUCUCCACAGGUUACCUUGAGGACGCACUUAUCGAGUCUUGUGAGAGAAGCAAAAGAAGACGUCUUUUGUUCGAGGAUCCAUCAAAAUCUCUUAACGAUAGCUACUCAUCGCAGAACGAUUGGGGCCUGCAUGAGAGUUAUAGCUGUUUGGAAAGUCAGUUUGUCACUCCACCUGUUAACACAGAUGAACGUAUGAAAGGAAAACUUAGCCUUGAGGAGCCGAUAAUGACCGUCUACGAGUCUCCCGAUUUUUCUGUUUCUCCUGACAAAAUCUAUGUCCGAGAAAAAUCUACAACCGAACCAUCUUCGUCUAAUUGUAUUAAUAAGAACAAAGGACUAGUCUAUCCAUUUGGAUUGGUGAAACCAGGUGGUCGAGAAGAAGACAUAACCCUAAAUGACGUAAAUAAGAGGAUUCUAAUGCCACCGGCUCGACCGGUUCGACAUCCCGUUGGAGACUUUGCCUCUAGACCGUGCAUCUCGACACAUGGGCCAGGUCUCUCCGGUAAAACCGUGGUGGCUCUUACUAGGAUCCAAACACAAGGAACGGGUACAAUUACUAUAAUCAGAACUACGGGGUGAAUUAUUUAAUAGUAGUAGUCAGUUGUGGUUGUAUGUGUAAUAUAAUUGAGGUUAACUGUAGAAUAGAAAGCCAAAGUAAUCAUUGGCUAUGAGAGAAACUUUCAACUUUUGUAAAAAGAAAAUAGGGAGGUAUAAUUCGAAAAAUGCUGUACAAUAUAACCGGUGGAUUUUUCAGAUAUGAAUACUCACAUUACCUUCUUUUGAA